CUCACUUCCACUUCCACUUCAACUUCUACAUCUCCUCUCCUAUAUCUACAUAUACAGAUACCGUUUCAAGCACCACUACACACUGCACAGGAUUCGUGCCACAAAAAUCAUGUCGAUUAUUCUCUUACAGGACCCGGUCGUUCUCCGUAACCCGUUCUCCGUCCUCGACGCGGAGCAUGAAGACGAUAAUACUGUCAGAAACACCAACGAAAACAACAACGUCGAUAGUCUUGAAUAUGUCAGAGCAUACUCCAAUAUCCAGAGCCGGGCCAUGUUGACAAGAGCCAUUAGCGAGGACGAUCUAGACAACGUUAGCGUUUCAUCUUGGUCCGUCGUGACAUCUGCCUUUGGCUCCGAUGACGAGGACAGCUACUCCGAUGACGACGAAAUCAUCCUGGAUUCGUCUGCUAAUCAUAUCGCUCCGCUUACAGUCUCAGCUCUCAGCGAUGGUUUCACCAAUAUCAGCAAGACUAUGACCGCUACUAGCAUCAACAGCUCGGCUGUGGCCACAGCAGAGCCUAGCGCUUGGGUUGUAAAAGUCUCAAAGAAGCGUCAAAGGUCACGAAAGCCCAAGAUAAUGGCAGCGACUGCGCCCACACUAGAUGAUGUGAUUGAAGGCUAUGAAUCAGAGUCUUUAGGUGAUGACGACAGUGACUUCAAUCUUGAACUUUCUAUGACGGAGCAUGAGAUUUCUAAAUCUGCUCGAGCAGUUACACUCAAGAACAAGCGUCUUGCCGAUGCACAUGACCUGGGCUUGUGUAAGACACUCGGCAUUACCAUGCACAAAGUUAAACAUGCUCCACAAUUGCCAAGGGGGAUCAAAGCUGUUUACCGUCCCCCGGUUCUACUCACGAAGAAGAAUACGCGUUCUAAAAAAGUUGCAUUUUUACAUCACCACAAUCACACUAUAUUGGAGUGAUAAUGGCCGACCAUGCUCUCCACAUUUACCCCCUGUACAUUUAAAUUUUUUAAAGUAUUCUGCUUCCCCUGUCUUGCCAAAGGAAAAUGACAAACAUCU